UUCUCGGCUUUGCCUCUGAUUCUCUCCAGACUGCAGUCAUGGAAUCAGACAUUUAUUUAUGUCCUGUUUUGAAUCUUUCUGUCUGAUCUCGAGAUUAAUCAGACUGUUGAUCGGAUGACAGAUUUAAUGAUGUUUCCCCCUGAUGUUUCAUAUUCACUGCUGUUGUUGGGAAUAUCGUGUCUCACUGUCUUCACUAAGAGUUCUCAGGAGUUCUCAGGUUAUCUGUCCCGUGUGCUGAGGAAUUACACUGAACAGGCGUGUGACGGAGACUUCCUGACUGUUAGCUGCCCACCCAGAACCUCCAUUACGGUCCAAUCCGCAUUCUACGGCCGUAUAGACUCCGCCCACUCACCUCAGUGCCCGCCCACUUAUAGCAGCACCAGGACACACUUAGUUAAUGACAUCACUUCCUGUCAUGUGUCAACAUCCUUGCAGAAGAUGUUGGAUGAAUGUGAGGACAGAAGGAGCUGUCAAGUUCUUGUCAACAGUCGUCUGUUCGGAGCGGAUCCGUGUCCAGCCUUCAGCAAAUACCUCAGCGUUCAGUACAAGUGUAGACCGAAUGAAUAUAAGAGUAAAGUGGUGUGUGAAGGUGAACGUCUGAGGUUAGGCUGUAAGACGGGGAUGCAGAUCGCGGUUUAUUCCGCCAUGUUUGGCCGCACACAAAGCGGCACACUGGAGUGUCCUCCACACCACACGAGGGCGCCAUCUGUAGAUUGCACAUCAGACGUGGCUCUGCAGGUGAUGACAUCACGUUGCCAGGGGAAACGCACCUGUGUGGUCCGCGCCUCUACUGAAGAGUUUGGAGAUCCCUGUUACCGUGGUACCCGCAAAUACCUCAGUGUGAUCCACACCUGUGUCCCAAAGAAACUGCUGCAGGAAUCAAUUUCCGGGCAUCCGUCAUUCCCCUCCCCUCCCUCUAUGCCUCAUGACCCCAAUGUGGUGGGAGACAGCGCCCCUCCUGACGGGACUCCGCCCUUGACCUCUGACUCUGCACCAGGGAGGUCGACGCGAGGCCGGACCUCUGGACCUUAUUCAGAAGAGCCGGAUCGUCCUGCCGAAGGAGAGAAAGAAAGCAAACCGAACCCGACCAUCUCCACGAUGACCAGACCGGCCAUGAACCUCAUCAGCAGCCUGCUGUCAGCUUACACCUACAUCACAGGGCAUCCGGAGCGUUGCGCGCUCUAUUUCAUGUGCGGCGUGUGCGCUGGACUCUUCGUGACGCUCUUUGCGUUGGUGAUCCAGAUCUCCUGCCGUACGGACUGUAAACCUCGGCACACGGGAGCUAAAAAGCGCCCGAGACCCGCGGACUCAGACAGCGAUACCCUGGACUCUGAUUCCGACUGGGAUGCGGGCUCGGACAUUUCGGCCCGGCGACACCGGCGCUUCGAGCGCACGCUCAACACGAAUGUCUUCACGUCGGCCGAGGAGCUGGAGCGAGCGCAGCGGUUGGAAGAGAGAGAGCGAAUAAUUCGAGAAAUAUGGAUGAACGGACAGCCGGACGUCCCUGGGACGCGCAGCCUGAAUCGUUACUAUUAGAGCUCUGCCUUUGAUUGGACGCGUGCACUACUGGGAGAUGUAGUGUGAUGGGAUUAAGCUUUACUUUACAGCAUGCUUUAUAAGUGAGCUUCAGAUGAGAGGAUAAAUGCACUUCAUCGCUGGACUGAUGCUGAUGCUAAGGCUCAUGGGAGAUGUAGUCCAUUUGAAGACUCUUGGAGUCUGUAGGCAGCUCUUGAAAGGUGUGAUAAGCUCGAAGCACUGCGUUUGGUCCGUCACUUUGCCUGGCAAACAGUGAGGAUCAGAUUUUGUAUAGAGAGACUCGUUUACGGUUCUUUUAAGCAUCGCCGAAUGAUGUGCCUUUUAUAAAAACACACAUAAACUAUGCAGUGGCUUUAAAUAAGUGUAUGGAUAUUUAAAAUUGUUACGUGUCCAAAUUUUUUUUGGCCACAGUCUGUAUAGAUAUAUAUUAGGAUUGAGGAAUUCAGAUAUUAAGAAAAGAUGUCCAUUUUGAUUUCUGGGUUGAAAAUUAAGCUAUAUUGGCAACACGCCAUAGGAGGUUUUAAUGUCAUUUUUAAAAUCAUAAGAAAACUUAACUGCAUUGUUAAUUUCGAAAAACUACUACUGCUUUUCCUGAAAGAAAUCAAAAUGUUUUAGCAAAUGUUCAGUACUUUAAAAAAAUGUAACAAGUAAAUCAAAAAUCAGUAAAUAAAUACAAAUCAAAAUGUAAUAAAAUCUGUUAAACAUAAAACAUUUAUAACAUAAAAACUAAGCAAAUAUGCCCAUUGCAUUUUGGUGUGUGCACAUUAAAAGUGAAUUAUUAUUAAUUUAAAAUAUAUAUAUUUUACAAAUGUAAUAUUUGCAUAAGUAAAUUACAUACAGCCAAUGCAAAGACGCAAAUAGACACGAAUGAUGCAAACUUGGCAACGUGUUUGCCGCGGACAUCCAAUAUUCACCUAAAUUGCGUUUUUUUCACCCAUGUUGAAAUUUUACAAAUUUGCAAAUCAGCAAAUAUUGACUCAUCCGCUUGUAUCAGAAAAUGAAACUGGGCAUUGUUGUUGUAUUUGCGUGAAUGAUCGUGCAAGUUAAAUGCAAACCGCACAAGCUCUUCACUUAUUGGCUUGUAGGACAACGCAUCAUACCAAUUGUGUUCACUCGAGCUAAACGUUCUUUAAGCGAUUUAAGUGUGUUUGCGACAAUUGUGUUUCCCAAUUUGCGUAAUUUACAUCCAGUGCGAAUUGACUUUUUGUGUAAUCUAAUCGUAAAAAUUAUUCAAUUUUCUUUUGAUGUGCACACCAUGUUUUCACCAUGCACUGUAAAAAAAAGGCAGCAUGAAGUUAACACAACUUGGUUUUGCAAGUUUAAGUCGACAUAACUUAUAAAAUUAAGUUAGAAAAAAGUUUAACUUAAUUUGUUAAGUUAAAGUAACAAAAAUAUAUGUUGACAAAAAUGCUGCUUUUCUUUUACAGUGUGGUUUAAAAAAUAACGAAAAAAAAUAAAUAAUAGAUUAUUUUUAAACAUAUACUAUUUUUAAGCAUAUUUAAACAUUCUCAAUUCACUUCUAAAUGUCCUCCAACCUUAAUAUUUACACUUUUUUGUCAUAUAUACAUGUGGUGUUAAAAGUCAUCUCAGUCUUUAUAAAAUCUAUUUUGAUAUUUAAACAGUUUUUUGUGGUUGAUGUUUUUAUUUUUUUAAAUGAGAUAUUUUUAUACUGGGGAAAAGCUUGCCUGAAUGCUCAGGGAUGCAAUCCUGUUAAAGCUUUUUUCUAAAAUAAGACGAGAACCCUUCAAGUGUUCCUGCAUAGACGCAGCUGUAACCUCAAAGAGGUGAUUUAUAAGAGCGCACAACGUGCCUUAAACUUACAAGAUGAAAUCUGCCAAUACCAGCAGUGAUGAAUGAUGUUGAUCAGUCUAUGCAGAUGAAGGGCUUUCGGUUUGUUACAGCUCUGGUUGAUGUGUUAGAGAUGAUUGCUGUUACAUGAGGGAUAAAAAAACUAUUUGUAUUCAUUUAAAUGAUGUCAUAAUUUCUAACCAAACAUCCAUCUAUACACUCUUAAACAUACUGGGUUUCUUCAGCACCUUAAGCAGACAUCAAGAACCAUUUUUGGAUUUAACUCUUUGUGGAAAUACUUCUGAAUGUUUCAUUACAAAUAGGCUACUAAAAAACAUUAUAAAACAGCUUUGUUUAUCAAUAGAUGGUUUUCAGCAACUACAGAAUCAAAGCUCUUUAAAGGGAGGUACCACAGUUGAAAAGGCUUACAUUUUAUUUUUUAAAGAUUUUUAUAUUUUGUCAAACAUGCAACAGCCAUUGGAACCUUUAUUUUUAAGAGUGCAUAAUUGUAUAUGCUAUAAGUGGUUUUUAUUUCAUUUGACACUCAAAUAAGCCAAAAAGCACAGAUGAAGUGACCCAAAUAUGUGUAUGUAUGUUUCUGUGGAUUAUUUUUGUAACCCCUGUAAAAUAUCAUAAAGAAGAUUGUUUAUGUUUA